AUGAGUGUUGUCGAUCUGCUGCCCGAUUCCUCGCAUGAUCUCGUCGGCCAGUUGAUAGGCCCGGCUUUGGGCAGUCUGCCCAUUCUGGUGGCGCCUGAACUGACCUGGCAGUUCGACUCAGCCAGUCGUACUGUCUGGGAAGUUGACGCUCACCGUCUCGUUGCGGCGCAUGCUCUGGCUGCCUCCAACGCAAAAGAACAGGGACGCGAGAAUGAGCUUGGCCAGUCGAAUAGUGUCAGUCGCUUGUUUGAGACGGAUUUUUCUCUCUCCUUCUGGCUUCGUCGACUCCCAACCGCCGCUGGCCAAUCGUCUCCGGAGAAAGAGCCGAUUGAGACGAUAUUCUGCAGUCAAGAUGAAAACAGUAAGUCGGCUGCCAACCCCCUUUAUCAUUGGCAAUCUAAUAUCUGGUAUAAAAGCACUGCAGUUUUUUUUAGUACAGACAAUUAA